CUAUACGUCAGUGUGGCUCAGGCUCUAGAAGUGAGUGGUGUGGUUCGCAGCUUCUUCGCCGUUCUGCCAUACCAUAGCUUGGACCCGUGUGUCCAAGGGAAGGAAGGUCCACAUGUAUGACAUACGAUGGAUAGUAAUAGGAGUGCACCUUCUGUGUGGUUGUAAUGUCCUCGGCGAUGAAGAUGCGUCGGACAGUUACAUCGAGAGGCAGCAGUACAAUGGGUGGUACAACAACCUGGCGCACCCCAGCUGGGGAUCCGCAGAGUCUCGCCUUACCAGGAAGACCCCAGCGAGCUACGCCGAUGGGGUGUACAUGAUGGCGGGGCAGGACAGACCCUCCCCAAGGAAGCUCUCGGAGACACUUAUGAAGGGACAAGAUGGACUCUCUUCCGUCCUGAACCGCACUGCCAUGCUCGCCUUCUUCGGUCAGGUGGUAUCCUCCGAGAUCCUGCAGGCGUCAGAAGCGGGGUGCCCCAUCGAACUGCACAAGAUUCCCAUAGAGCGGUGUGACGAGAUGUUUGAUCGCAAGUGUUCGGGUAACAAGUUCAUGCCCUUCCACCGCGCUGGCUACGACUACUCCACUGGCCAGAGCCCUAACAGCCCCAGGGAGCAGCUGAACUACGUGACGUCAUGGCUGGACGCGAGCUUCGUGUACAGCAUCAGCGAGGCGCGCGUCAACAUGCUGCGCUCCUUCAAGAACGGCACCUUCAGAACGGACCCCGACAACCCACUGCUCCCGCCCCGCAACACCCAGCGCGUGCCCAUGUUCAAUAACCCCACGCCGCACGUCCUCAAGAUCCUCAACCCUGAACGAGUCUACUUGUUGGGUGACCAGCGGACCAACCAGAACCCCGCCCUGCUGGCCUUUGGCAUCCUGUUCUUCCGGUGGCACAACGUGUUGGCGAAACGCAUCCAGGAGAAACACCCGGACUGGGCCGACGAGGAGGUGUUCCAGCGCACCCGCCGCCUGGUCACCGCUCACCUGCAGAAUAUUAUCAUGUACGAGUUCUUGCCAGCUUUCGUGGGCGAGGGAGUGACCACUCCCUACAGGUACCGCCCUGACAUCCAUCCCGGCAUAUCCCACGUGUUCCAGUCAGCGGCCUUCAGAUUUGGUCACACCCUGGUGCCGCCCGGCCUGUACCGGCGAGGCCCGGGACCAGAAUGCAACUUCCUCAAGACCCAGAGUGGCCGCUCCGCCCUACGCCUGUGCUCCACCUGGUGGGACGCCAACGACUUCAUGGCGGAGAACACCCUGGAGGAGCUGUUCCGAGGCAUGUCGUCGCAGUUGGCGGAGCGCGAGGAUGUGAUUCUCUGUAACGACGUGCGGAACAAGCUCUUCGGUCCCCUCGAGUUCUCCAGACGCGACCUUGGUGCUCUGAACAUCAUGCGUGGGCGUGACAGCGGCCUGCCGGACUACAACACGGUGAGGAAGUGUUUCCAGCUGGGCCCCGUCAAGUCCUGGGAGGAAAUCAACCCAGAACUGUAUGCUGCACAGCCCGAUCUGGUUAACCGAGUGAAGGAUCUGUAUGCCGGCAACCUCAUGAACGUGGACCUGUAUGUGGGCGGCAUGCUGGAGACACACGAGGGGCCGGGACCACUCUUCAGUGCAAUCAUCAAGGAGCAGUUCACUCGCCUACGUGACGCCGACAGGUUUUGGUUUGAGAACACCGACAACAUGAUAUUUACAGAAGAGGAGGUGGAGGAGAUUCGAAACGUCAAGCUGUGGGACAUCAUUGUCAAUUCUUCAUCUGUGGCUCCCAAUGAGAUCCAGCAAGACGUGUUCUUCCAUACCAAGCAAGACCUUUGUUGGCAGCCCAAGCAGCUUACUGCUGAGGACAUGGACCAAUGCCAGUACCUCCAGGGCUAUGAUUACUUCCAGGGAUCUGAGGUGACCUACAUCUAUUCCUGCAUCCUGCUGGCUGCUGUGCCACUGGUGUGUGCUGGUGCUGGGUACGCCACAGUUAAGUUCCAAAACUCACGUCGCCGUCACUUCAAGACCAAACAGGAGGAGAACAAUAAUGGCCGCAGUGUUGACAAGAUGAUGGUCAAAGAGUGGCUGCACCAGAAUCACAAGCGGAUUGUGAAAGUCAAGUUUGGCCCAAAACAAGAGAUUUCCACUGUGAAUCGCAAAGGAGAAAAACUGCGAACACUGUAUGUCGGUGAUGUAGACACUCUUGUGGUGGAAAUUACUCAAGAUGCUCGAAGGAAACCCAUGGUGUUGUUGCGACCACCAAAGGAUCACGACCUGGUGCUGGAGUUUGACACAGAUGCUGCUCGGCGCAAGUUCAUCAACAAGGUGGAGCAGUUCAUGAACUCCCACCGCAAGGUUGUGGAGAAAGUGCACACCUACAAGGAGCAAAUGUUGGCCAAUGCUGAGACCAAGGAACGACGACAAAAGCGUCUGGAGCACUUCUUCAGGGAGGCAUAUGAGCUCACCUUCGGCCUCAAACCUGGAGAAAAGAGGAAACUAGAGGAAGCCACCAGCGAUGUAGUGAUGGUGAUGAGAACAGCCCUCACAAAGAAGGAAUUUGCCCGAGCUCUUGGCAUGAAGGCAGAUGACAUCUUUGUGCGUCGCAUGUUCAAUAUUGUAGACAAGGACAGUGAUGGGUGCAUCUCCUUCCAAGAGUUCCUGGAUACAGUUGUCCUGUUCAGCAAGGGCACCACUGAUGACAAGCUGCGCAUCAUCUUUGACAUGUGUGAUAAUGAUCGAAAUGGUGUCAUUGAUAAGACUGAGCUUUCUGAAAUGCUACGCUCCCUUGUUGAAAUUGCCAAGACCAACACUGUCAGCAACCAGGAGGUUGAGGAUCUGAUUGAUGAGAUGUUCAGUUCAUCAGGCAUUGACCACAAGGAUUCACUUACUUAUGAUGACUUCAAACUGAUGAUGCGCGAGUACAAGGGAGACUUCAUUGCCAUCGGCCUAGACUGUAAAGGUGCCAAGCAGAACUUCUUGGACACCUCCACCAAUGUUGCCAGAAUGACCAGCUUCCACAUCUCUGAGAUCAGGGAGAGAAAUCGCCACUGGAUGCUGAAGAAGUAUGAUUCUAUUGCAACCUUCCUGGAAGAGAACAGACAGAAUGUGUUCUAUCUGUUCGUGUUCUACGUCAUUACUAUUGCACUGUUCUGUGAGCGUUUCAUUCACUACUCCUUCAUGGCGGAGCACACAGACCUGCGGCACAUUAUGGGAGUGGGCAUUGCCAUCACCAGAGGAGCGGCUGCUUCACUCUCCUUCUGCUACUCACUCCUGCUUCUCACUAUGUCCAGAAAUCUCCUCACCAAACUAAAAGACUUCAGUUUCCAACAAUAUAUUCCCCUGGAUUCCCAUAUUCAGUUCCACAAAAUUGUUGCCUGUACAGCAUUGUUCUUCAGUGUUCUCCAUUCCUGUGGUCAUCUUGUCAACUUUUACCAUGUGUCAACUCAGCCAGUAGAAAACCUCCGAUGCCUCACUCAGGAGAUUGCCUUUGCCUCUGACCAGAAACCAACUGUGGGUUACUGGCUCUUCCAAACACUAACAGGUCUUACGGGUGUAGUGCUCUUCAUCAUCAUGUGCAUCAUCUUCAUCUUCGCUCAUCCAGUCAUACGUCGCAAGGCAUACAAGUUCUUCUGGUCUACUCACCAGCUUUACAUCCUUCUGUACAUCCUGUCCCUGUUGCAUGGUCUGGCACGCCUCACAGGAGCACCCAGAUUCUGGAUAUUCUUUGUGGGUCCAGGCAUCAUCUACACUCUGGACAAAAUAAUCAGCCUGCGGACACGCUACAUGGAAUUGGACAUUAUCGAAACUGAACUUCUUCCAUCUGAUGUUGUGAAGAUCAAGUUCUACAGGCCACCAAACUUCAAGUACCUCAGUGGGCAAUGGGUGCGUCUCUCCUGCACCGCCUUCAGGCAGUCUGAGUACCACUCCUUCACCCUCACCUCAGCACCGCAUGAAAACUUCCUCUCCUGUCACAUCAAGGCUCAAGGGCCAUGGACGUGGAAGCUCCGCAAGUUCUUUGACCCUCACAAUUAUGUUCAUGAUGAUGAGAAUCCCCCCAGAAUCCGCCUUGAAGGUCCAUUUGGAGGUGGCAAUCAGGACUGGUACAAGUUUGAGGUGGCAGUGAUGGUGGGUGGUGGCAUUGGUGUGACACCCUACGCCUCCAUCCUCAAUGACUUAGUAUUUGGCACCUCCACCAACAGAUACUCAGGGGUUGCUUGUAAAAAGGUGUACUUCCUGUGGAUCUGCCCUACCCACCGCCAGUUUGAAUGGUUCAUCGAUGUGCUGCGGGAUGUGGAGCGCAAGGACGUCACUAAUGUUCUCGAAAUGCACAUUUUCAUUACACAGUUCUUCCAUAAGUUUGAUUUGAGAACAACUAUGCUGUACAUCUGUGAGAACCACUUCCAGCGCCUCAGCAAAAGAAGCAUGUUCACUGGACUCAAGGCCAUAAAUCAUUUUGGCCGACCAGACAUGACUUCGUUCCUGAAGUUUGUGCAGAAGAAGCACAGCUAUGUGUCUAAAAUUGGCGUGUUCAGCUGUGGGCCGAACCCGCUCACCAGGAGUAUAAGCACCGCCUGUGAGCAGGUGAAUAGAGGCCGCCGGCUGCCAUACUUCAUCCACCACUUCGAGAACUUUGGCUGAGUGUGUGGCAGCUCGGUGCCACCCUCUGUUUUCUCAAGUGCCCUCUGUUGUGCAUUUUUAUCAAUUUCCUUUAUCUAUGUUGAGCCACCUAGCCACCUUUGUAUAUCUGUAACUCUUUCUUCUCCCUGAUCCGUGUAAAUAGCAAUCACUUAUCCCCGUCUCCACUCUGAUAUGUAUUAAUGGUGAUCGUUUCCUGAGUGCUACAUGGUGAAGCACUUCUAGCAGUAUUUUAAAAGAAACUAGGAAAAAUUUUAGUACAUACAUGUAUCCCAAUUAAAUCUUAUCUAGUUUUUAUUCAAAAUUAUACAAUAUUACUCUACAGUAAGAUUAAAGUUAUA